UUUUUUUUUUUUACUGAAAUACUCCUCUGAUAGCAGCAUGAACACAGGAUCAGGUUCUCUCAGGAUGUUUUCCCCAGUAGAUUCGGUUCGAUUUGGAACCAAAACUUAAACAUUUGUUCCGUUUCCAGCUACUGUGGUUCUGUUUCUCAUGGAUUUUAGUGGUUGGAGGAUUUCUCUUUAGUCUUUGGCUAAACCCCACAGGUUAUUUCCUCCGGUAGCGCUAGGCUAGCUCGUUUGUUUUGGUUGAAUUUACCCAGAAUGCCAUGCGCUGCAGUCCACUUCCUGCUUUUGGAGCGGCCUCCGCUCACGGCAAUAUAACCGAACCUGAGCUCACUUUAACCGAACCCAGAUCGAGAGCCACAUGAGGCAGGCCCCAGAGCAGCAGCAACAGGUGUGUGUCUGAUCUCCUGUGGAUUUUUGCAGCUUCAGCUUCAUUUCCAGUUUUUUCCUGCGGAUCAAAGAUCAAACGCUUCCUGAACUCUGAUUGGCUGAGAUGACCAACCAGGUGAUGAACACCUGUGACUCGGCGGUGGGCGGAGCUCCACCAGAGGAAGCAACUUCUCUACAGGUGUUUCCGGACUCUACUGAGCGCGCUCCAAAGCUCUGCCGGCGGCUGCCCUCCAUCGUGGUGGAGCCCAGUGACGCAGACCAGGUGGAGAGCGGCGAGCUCCGCUGGCCUCCUGAUGAUGUCAGCGAUGAUGUCACACAGCGCCACCAGCAGGCGGCAGGGCGACCCAUGGAGGGGGCGGAGCCUCCAGAGCUGGUGAUGGGCGGAGUCUGACAGCUGCAGUUUUACCCAGGUGAAGAGGCGGAGCUAACACACCUGAGAUGAUUGGACGGCUGACCUCUGAGGACUCAUAAUAAAAAAAAAAACUUUUGAUGUAUUCAUUUUAUUUUUAUUGGUAUUUUUUGAAGAAACAUCUCCUGAUUUAUUCUAAAUCGUAUUUUUCACAGAUCAAUAAAUAGUUUGAUGAA